ACCUCAAGAUUUGGGCACACCGGGUACACGGGGUAAAUUGAGCACAAGAGUUCUAGUUGAAAUGGAAGGGCGUCGAGAAGCUGAAAAUCGCUUUAACAUGCUGGAGGGGCAUGUGCUACAAAUGCAGGAACAGAUGAACCGAAUGGAAUUGAUGUUAGCUUCACAAGGAGGGCAUAAUCUGGAAACUCCUAGCUCGCAGCACGGUUCCAAUUCUCGACAAAACUCAAGAGCUGAAGCUGAGGAUAAUAACGAUGGUGAAGAAGAUGAUGAACAGGAUGAUGAAGAACCCUUUGUUCAUAGAAGAGUUGUUGCAAAGCCCCCUUCAAGAAGCUCAUCAGCCUAUGAAGAUGAAAGCCUUAUUGGUAUGGAUGUGCUUCUAUAUGCAUGGACUGGUCCUGAAACUCCUGUUGCUAAGGCAACAAUUAUCUCAGUUGACCCAGACACUAUUGUGGGCGGAGAGCCCCUUGGACUAGGAACUUAUGAGGUUCUUGUCAAUGUUGCGAUCAGAAGGGAUGCUACUUUGCCUUUUGAAGAUGAAGGUUUACAAAUUAUCGCUGAUGCUGUCACAAGGUCCAUUGCAUGGCCAUCUAGCAAGGUUGAUUCAGUUUGA